AUACCUUGCUUCCUUCUUCUUUGGUUCACUCUUGCUUUAAUGAGACGGUUACGUGAAAACAAUGCUAAACGUGCACAAUUGUUAAAAGACCAAAACAAAAAAUCGUUGAACUAUGACCGUACAACCUUUACACUCAUCGUCGUUUUAGGAGUUUUCCUCUUGACUGAACUGCCUCAAGGAGUUCUGACUAUUCUUAAUGGGAUAUUCACUAACGACGUUCAUACAGUUUUUUAUAUGAAUCUUGCAAAUCUUUUGGAUUUGCUUUCGUUAAUUAAUUGUUAUGUUGGAUUUCUUGCUUAUUGUUUUCUAUGUACCAAAUAUCAGCAAACAUUUGUUUUGAUGAUUUUCACCUGGUUAGAUUUGCUUAUUUGUUAUUAUAGGUCAGGGAUCCUGCGUCCCGAUUUCCGAAAUCGGGAAUUUUGUUUUUUUGUCGGCAGGAUGCUUGUUAUAGGUAUUCCCAUUUAUUUAAAAAAUUCCAUAAGAUUUUUAUAUUUUAAAUUCAUUUAUGAACAUUGUUGCUUAUCUUUAUUAACAUUAUUCUAG